AUGGAGACUAAAUGAAGAGAUAUGGGACCCGUCUAUAGUGAUUGCGAUCGAAGCGAAAGUUGAAUUCUUUCUCUGUGCAAGUUUAUACGGAUUUUAUAACGCUGUGUACGCUUAGAAGGCACGUUUUCUUGCAGAGAUGGCCGAAGAAGUACCGUUCGAUUUUCUACACAUGGAAAUGAUCAAUUUUGUUUUCAAUCCACCUGAUGAUUCGAAGAAAGAGGUGAAGACAGAAGAGGGAAUGACAACCCUGGAAUCAUUAGGGUUCAGGGUUGGCCAAGGCCUAGUUGAAAGGUUAACCAAAGAUUGUCCAAGAUUUAAAGAUGAGCUUGACACCAUGAAAUUUAUCUGCAAGGAUUUCUGGACAUCUGUUUACAAGAAACAGAUAGACAAUCUACGAACAAAUCAUCAGGGUGUAUACGUUCUACAAGACAACAAGUUUCGUCUCCUGACUCAGAUAUCUAUUGGGAAGCAAUACAUAGAAAUUGCACCUAGGUUUUUGUCUUUUACGUGUGGACUGAUACGGGGAGCUUUAUCCAAUUUAGGCAUAACAAGUGUGGUGACUGCAGAAGUUAUCACCAUGCCUGCCUGCAAGUUCCAGAUCCAGAUACCAAGGACAUAACAACAGUUAAAUAAUGUCUAACAGAUUUUAAUCCACGAAUGAAUUAAUGUUGCUAGUGUUCAUUGAGGCUAAACUGAGGGUUGUUGAAGUGUAAAUAUUUAUUUGUAUAUAAAAAUGUGCAAGAUGACGAAUUACAGUUAAGGAUUACCAUAAUUGUAUGGAUUCUCUAUUUUUAGUUUGCAUUUCAAAUUCUUUUGUGUUGGGUGUAAUACCAUCCAUAUCAUAGGUAUUUCAUGCGAUUUCUUUCUACAAACUUGUUUUCAAGUUUCUGUGGAAAUGUGCACAGCCUCUGCAUUUAGAUAAAUGUGUAUAAACUGUGUUUAAUUGGAAUUAUAAUAAUAAUAUAGGUGUACCCCUGUUUAAGGAAUAACUAAAAUAAGAUUCACGUUUUUAAGUUUGUCCUAAUGUUACUAACGAUCAAGAUGUCCUGCUAGGCUUUCAUCGCUAAGGAUUGCAUACCCUAUGCAACGGAAAGCCGAGCUUAAUUUAAGGCUAUUAAUCUAAAAUAUUAAGUAGUAUUAAAUAAACAAUCUAUUUCAAAGGCAAA